UUUCAUUGCGACGAACUUGAUACCCUCAACGACGACUGCAAGAAACACCAUUCCCAGUGAUCAAUAGAAAGAACGGCGAAGAACCAGCGACCCCCAAAUCACUAUGGCCCAACCCGCAGAUCCGCAGCCAGCACCAGCUCUACCAGUUAGAACGCAGGAGCGCCAACGAACUCGGCGAAAGAGAGGAAAUGCGCUCGAUGAUCGUGUUCCUCCAAAUACUUCAACUGCAUUACAACCAUUGCGACGCCAAGAAUCGCGUUCAACCUCUCCCGCCACUGAUGCAGAAUCCGUCGUGACAAGGGAACAAGCCAGGCAAAGAGCACGGGGUGACCUAGCGAAGAGAGAUCCGGCUGGGCAGGAGAUGACCCAGCCGUCGGAGGAAGAAGAUACUGGGCUUAAGUUACGGCUGGAGUUGAAUCUGGAUGUUGAAGUCGAAUUGAAGGCGAAGAUUCAUGGUGAUCUUACGCUAGCAUUGCUGUCCUAG